UGUGGUGACCAAUACAUCUCGCAGAAGGAAGAGGAGAAGAGAGGUAGAAAGAGAGAGGGAUAGAGGGGGAAGAGUCCAGAAUUCAACUUUCAGUGAAUGUCUGCCUGAUUUGGUUGAAGAGACCAACUGGUAAGAGGUUUUUUUUAUCCUCUCAGCCUGUCAUUUUGUGAACUACAAAAUCCACAGUUUCAAAAACAAUGGAUCUGGUAUACGAGAACAGCGUUUCCGCAAUUGAAACUUUACAAACAAAGUUUCACCAGCAGAAAGACUUCUUCUUCACUAUUUCGAACUUUGGGGAUGCACGUCAUGUUUUUCUUUUUUAUGCACCUUUGCUUUUCUCAUUGGAUCGCAGGAUAGGGACGAAGCUGAUGUGGGUUACCAUCAUUGCUGAAUGGUCCAACCAAGUUCUGAAAUGGAUGCUUUACGGAGAACGCCCCUACUGGUGGAUACAUGAAACACAAGUUUACAACAAGACAGGCUCCAAUACACCAGCAAUUCAGCAGUACUUCCUGACAUGUGAGACUGGACCAGGGAGUCCUUCAGGGCAUGCCACGAUAGCUGCUGCUGUGUGGUACAUUCUUAUCACAGCCUUUCUGGAGAAGUCUGGGCCCGUCAGCAAAAAUAGUAAGAACAUGCUGGUUUCUGUGAGUUGGUCAAUCUAUACAAUCUUGCUGUGUGUGGUCAGUCUAUCUCGAGUGUACAUUGCUGCCCAUUUUCCUCAUCAGUGUUUGUUAGGAAUGAUUAUUGGCUGUGGUCUCGGUAUUACCAUGAGUAAGAUUUCUCUGGACAGUUUGAAGUUGAAGCAUUACAUGAUGGCAACCGCUGGACUGCUGGGCAGUGCUUUGACCACCUACGCUUUUCUACAUGCCUUAGGUCUAAAUCCUCGUUGGUCAGUGGAUAGGGCUAUGAAAUGGUGUGCGAAGCAGGAAUUUAUUCACCUUGACACAACCCCUUUCUUCUCUAUGAUGCGCUACUGUGGCUUUAUGUUGGGUAUGGGCAUUGGUCUCAAUUCUAUUUUGAACAAGAAAGCUGAAGAAGUCCCCUUCACUACGGGUAUGAAGAUUGCUUCUGCCAUCUUGGCUAUUGGCGUGACAAAAUUGUUUGAGCGAGUCCCUCUGCCAAGAUACAACAUUAACUUUUUCUACUUCUCCGCGUUCGUCGUUUACGCCAUUUUACCUUUUUUGAUGAUUGCUGUGGCUCCGUAUAUCGUGUCCAGAGUAUGGCCAGCAGUCGUCAGGCCAAUAGCUAAGAAGAAGAAACAGUAGGUGUAUACUAUUGACCACACAAUCUUGUAACAACUGACGAACAAAUCGUUUUGUUUCUUUCCACAUUGGAGACGAAUAAACUGCCACCAUGGUGAUUACUUUAAAUGCAUAAAUUAAAUUGUUGAUUAUUAUAGGCGUCGGAAAAAUAUGUGUAGUUCUAGGGCCAAAUUUUCACUAGAAGUUCGAAUUUUGGCCCAUUUUGUUGUAGCAACUGCCAAAAAUAUAGUGGAAGUCUUAAGAAAAACAUAAAUCAACGCGAAAUAAGCAGUUUAAUGACCAACUUACAUAAACUUCCAUUUUUACCUUAAGCUCUUCACUUUAUAUUUUUUAUCUUCAGCAGCUACCAACUCUAUUUGAGUAUCUUAUUUACUUAUUUUGAGUCACAUUUCUGAGCCAUAAACUCAAUUCGGGUGGGGAGGUAGUAAAACUGUAAAAAUUUAUGGGGGGAGGAGGUGAAAAAAUGAUAUCCCUGUUCCGAGGCCUAUGAAGUUAGGUAAUUUUUGUGAAAAAUAUUUUACAGUAUUUUAAUCGCUUGAAUAAAGCAAACAUUAAGGUGCAAAUCAAGUAUUUUUUAAUUAUUCAAUAAUUUAUCAUUUUGAUAACAGUAAUUCUUGUCUGUAAACCCAAAAUGGAUAUUCAUGAUGAAUAUUCUACUUGGUACUAUACAUAAAAAUAGUCUUUUUGUAAGAAAGAAACAACAAAGGGUAAGUAUACAAAACCAACUAUUACAAUACAUGGAUUGUUCCUGUCAAUUAUGUUAAUUAACAUUUUACUGUAGUGUUGGAAUGUAUGCAUAAUAACGUUACUACUAAUAUAAUAUGUCGUGUUGAAAUUCAAUGUCCAAAUGUAUCUCAGACUUGUGUAAAUAUUUAACCGCGUCUUAGUUUGUCUUUUACAUUGAAUAUUACACUUCAAAAACUGUAAAUAAUAAACACUUGUUUAAUAAAGUGACUUUUUUUUUUAA